AUCAAAGACAGACCGCACACUUGCAAAAUUGAGCUCGCGACCAAGCAGACAAAAUGCUCGCCACAAGGCUGCGGCAUGCGUCGAAGCGCUCGCUGCUAGCUCGUUCCUUCAGCUCGUUCCGCACUCACUCGUGCGGGGAGCUGCGUCAGGAGCCGCAUGAGGGCCAGCGCGUGACGCUAAGCGGCUGGGUGGACGCCGUCCGCCCAUUCGGCCCCAUCUCGUUCCUGUCAUUGAGAGACCGCUACGGCGUCACGCAGCUCGUGCUGGAGAAAGACUUCCUACAAUCAUCCAGCGACGUGGUGAGCAAAAUCCGCCCCGAGUCUGUAGUGCAAGCCUCGGGAGUCGUUCGUGCACGGCCAGCCAAUAUGCGCAACGACAAGAUGGCUACAGGUGCAGUGGAAGUGGUCGUGGACGAGAUCACAGAGUUAAACCCGUGCGUGAACCUGCCAAUCCAAGUGGCCACGGGAUCCGAAGUGGCUAAUGAGGACACGAGACUGCGUCAUCGAUACCUCGAUCUCCGUCGCUCUGCAUUGCAACAAAACCUCAUAGUCCGCUCGAAAAUCUCCCUCGCAGCACGUAAUUUCCUGUGUUCCGAGGGAUUUUUAGAAAUUGAGACGCCGACAUUGUUCAAAAGCACGCCGGAAGGCGCCAGGGAGUUCCUGGUGCCAACAAGAACUGCAGGACAGUUCUACGCGCUGACGCAGAGUCCACAACAGUACAAACAACUGCUAAUGGUCGGUGGACUGGAUAGAUACUUCCAGCUUGCGAGAUGCUACCGUGACGAAGGUGGCCGCGCCGAUCGCCAACCGGAAUUUACUCAGAUCGAUCUGGAAAUGUCGUUUGUCACUCGUGAAGACGUCAUGAGUCUGAUGGAACGUCUGGUUAAAGAGAUCUGGAAGGCGGCGGGUAAGGAACUACCUGGUCGUCCAUUUGUUCGCAUGGCCUUCGAUGAGGCCAUGCACCGCUUCGGUGCCGACAAACCAGAUACUCGUUACGGCAUUGAACUGAAAGAUGUGGACGAUUUACUGCAAGACUGCGAGUUUGUGCCAUUCAAGACUGCGCUUAUGAACAAGAAUCCGAAGAUCCACGGUAAACGCGGCGUGGUUCGUGCUAUUAAUACAAAAUCUCUUGCAAGCGAUGGGUUUUCCCGUAAAGACAUGGACGAACUGGAGAAAGUGGCUAAACGCGCGUCCCAAAUCGGCGCCUUUGUGGUUAAAGUGGAAGCAGGUAACAAGUGGAAAUCUUCGCUUGCGAAGAAACUGUCCGCUUCUGAGAUUGAACAGCUGAACGAGCGUCUGGACGCUGAGGAAGGAGACGUUCUUAUCUUCUCUGCCGGUUCGUAUCAUGACGUCAACACUCUAUUGGGACGUCUGCGUACACACACCUCGCAGUUGCUGUACGCCAAGGGAUACUUACAAGAGGAACUGGAUCCGAACAACUUCCACCACUUGUGGGUCAUAGACUUCCCCAUGUUUGAACGCAGUGAGGAUGACGACGGUAACGUCCUUGAGAGUGGCGAUAAGGUUGCGCUAUCAGCAACGCAUCACCCGUUUACUGCUCCUCGCCCGGACCAUGCUGCGGUUUUGAAUGAGAUUUUAGCCAAAGCUGGCGACAGGAGCUUGUUGGAGGACCCCGAAGUCGCUGAGAAGCUCCUGGAGAUCACUGCUCAGCACUAUGAUAUUGUUUGCAACGGGUGGGAACUGGGUGGAGGUUCUAUCCGUAUUCAUCAGGCGAAGUUGCAGCAAGCUGUUUUUGAGGACGUGCUAGAGCUACCGACUCUGCAGCGUCAGAGCUUCGAGCACUUGUUGCAAGCUCUUAGUCACGGAGCUCCACCUCAUGGAGGAAUUGCCUUGGGCCUCGACCGUCUUGUUGCGAUCCUGUGUGGAGCGCCGAGCUUGCGAGAUGUGAUCGCGUUCCCGAAAUCGUCUACGGGCAAUGAGCUUAUGACUAACGCGCCAGGACCGGUGCUUCCUCAACAGCUUGAGGAGUAUCACAUCCAUGUGAAUGAGAAAGAGGUGUAGGCAACAGAUACAAUGUCUUUGGUACCAGUUUUUGAGGAUAAUAAUAAACGAGUUUUUGUUCUCCA